AUGCAAUCAGACUUAGUUAAAAAAAUAAUCGAAAUUCAAAAUGAAGUUCUCAAGAAAUCAGAUCGUUUCAAAGUUGGAGUACUUCCAAGUAAAGGUUUAAUCGAUAAAUUAUCUGAAAUACUGAUCGAUAAAAUCGAUGUUGAGUUAUUUAAACAAAUAAAAUGGCCACAAUGGGAUAUUUUCCUUUGUGAAGAGAAUUUAGUUGAAUUUAGUGAUCCCUUAAGUCAGUACGGUCAACUUGAAAGAAAUUUCAUAGAGAGGAUUACUCAUAAAGGUGAUUCUCUUAAUUUCGGGCCAGUUGUGAUCACCAUUAAUGAAUCUAUGAUUGAUAUGAUGCAUGAAAAUAAGGAAAUUAAGAUAGCCAAAGAAUUUGAUACAUUUUUACCUCAGAGUUUGGACUUAAUAUUGACAGGAUUUCAUGACGAAGAUGAGAAGGGUUCCAAGGAAAAAGAAACAAUUAAUGAGAGGGUACCAAUAAGUGGACAAUUAGAACUAAUAAAGGAUUCCAAAGCAUCUGCUUGUAAUCAAUUAAUUAUAACAUCAAAGUACUUCUUGAAUUCUUCCAGAAUAGUUUUAUUGUCGUAUAAGAAUUUGGAUAUCGAAGACAAUGAUGAGGUAGAGCUGUUGAAAGAAAUUUUUAAAGAAGAAAAACGCCUGUCAAUUAAAUAUAUUCAAACUGUAGCUAAAGGAUCAGUAGAACAUCUGCAGGUAUGA